AUGUCGAGUGUUGACACCUUGUAUGCACGUAAUAUUGAGUGUGCCGGUCGUUUGUCAUAUGAUUUGGAAAGGGUUCAUGGUGUAUCAGUUGCCAAUACAUCAGAACUGAUAGCUGACAAUCUUAUGAUUGAUGCUCAAGCGUUAUCAGUUUGUCUUCGAGUGUGUGCUGCAUUUCAUGAAGACGAAGGGAAAGUGUUAGUGGCCAACGUUCCUCAACGAGCUAAAUCAAUUGGUGAUUUUACCUUAUUGAUUACGAACAUGGUACAACAGUUAAAAAAAGAAUAUGAUUUGAAAAUUGAACAAAGUCGUGAAAAUGUAUUUGGAACAAACUUUAAAAACAGAAUGAAUUAUCGACAUGCAAUUUUAAAUGAAAUAACCGGUCCCGGAUUGACUAAAUAUCUGGACACAGCUGGAAAUAUUCUUGUUCUUAUUGAUGAGUUCGAUGGGGAUCAUCAAAAGCUUGGGAUGUUUGGCAUAGAAAACAAACCGAACAAUGGAAAUUCAAGUGCAGCUAGCGUUCUCAAAUCGUUUCACACUGGUAUGCCUUAUUAUCAAAAAGGAAAAGUGAGUGAUAGUGGUCAUCUUCAAAAUCCACAAGUAUCAUUUUUAGGUGCUAGUAAUGGAGCACCUGUAUUGGAUAUUUUACGAGCAAAAAUCAAAUCUUCUGUCAUGCCGGACGCCAUGGUAAUGCGUACUACUUUUGAGGUGUUUGAUUCACCACCAAAGUUUACUUCUAAUUAUAAAAGCAAGUUAUCACUAAGAGAUGCAAUCGGUUUAGAACUUCUGUUAUUAGCUUCUUCACUUGUAUGCAAUCAAACUUACGUAUUUGAUACCGAAGGUAGCCAAUCUGCUGAUGAUCUUCUUCAGGCUUGGCAAGAUAAUUGUGUGGCUGCUGGUGCACGUUGGAAAAACAUCGAUAAAUGGAUAUCUGCUCGAUUUUCGAAAACAAGUGAAUUAACAUCACGUCUUGCAGCACAAAUAGCACAUAUUAAUUUGACAUAUGAUCUUUUACAAGAAUUUAUUGUUGAAAAUAAUUUACAAGAUCCUAAUGGAACUAUUUCAUUUAAUACUUACUGCAAAAUGGUCGAUUUCUUUUAUGCAAAAUAUCCACCUCAUUCAAACAAUGCAAUUACUACUUCAAGUAGUCAAGUAGAAGCUGCUAUGUAUUCAACUCAAAUUAUUUUAUUGAAAUUCUUCAAUUUAUUUGAUCUUUCCAUAAAUCGAUCAAUCCCGAUAAAAGAAAUUCCAUGGAUCCCAUCAUCUUCAAAUUCGUAUUCAAAUCCUGCUGUUGUUGAACUUCCAGCAACUCAAACAAGUACUUUAAGUGAAACACAAAUUGAUGUAUCUGCUCUUGAUAAAUGUCAAAUGGUUUUGUUAUACCCAAGUAUUUGUUUUACAUUUUCACAGAUUAUCAAAGCGUAUCCAAAAUUAAAACAUCAAUACACUACAGUUGAACCACUCAUUUUAAAAUUAAUAAAUAUGCAGUUAUUAAUGAAAAUCGAAAAUGGUCUUCGUUCUGGACGCAAUUCAUGCAAUUUAUACAUUAAAACGUUACCUGAGUCAAUAACAUUGAAUACAGUCAACUCUUUUGUUAAGAAUAACCUGGAUCAAAUUAAAAUGCCAUGGGCUUUAUAUAAAGCAAAUUGUGAAAAAGUUGUAUUGCCAUCUGCAACAGCUACUUUAUCUGAAGAAGUUCGGCAAAUCUUGAAUCAAGAUAAUUAUCGAAAGUAG